AUGUGCUUUUUAAGACGGCCGGGAGCGCCUGCGAGCUGGAUCUGGUGGAGGAUGCUGCGGCAGGUGCUUCGCAGAGGGCUCCAGUCGUUCUGCCACAGGCUGGGCUUGUGCGUGAGCCGGCACCCGGUCUUUUUCCUCACCGUGCCCGCAGUCCUGACCAUCACCUUCGGCCUCAGCGCGCUCAACCGCUUCCAGCCCGAGGGCGACCUGGAGCGCCUCGUCGCUCCCAGCCACAGCCUGGCCAAGAUCGAGCGCAGCCUGGCCAGCAGCCUUUUCCCCCUGGACCAGUCCAAAAGCCAGCUUUAUUCGGACUUACACACCCCUGGGAGGUAUGGCAGGGUGAUCCUCCUCUCCCCACCCGGGGACAAUAUUUUGCUCCAGGCUGAGGGGAUCCUGCAGACCCACCGAGCCGUGCUGGAAAUGAAGGUGAACCACAAGGGCUAUAAUUAUACUUUUUCCCAUCUGUGUGUGUUGAGAAAUCAGGAUAAGAAAUGCGUGCUGGAUGAUAUUAUUUCAGUGCUAGAGGAUCUCAGGCAGGCUGCCGUCUCCAAUAAGACAACAGCCAGGGUGCAAGUGAGGUAUCCCAACACUAAAUUGAAGGAUGGGAGGAACAGUUUUAUUGGACACCAACUGGGCGGGGUAGUGGAAGUGCCAAACAGCAAGGACCAGCGGGUCAAGUCAGCCAGAGCCAUUCAAAUCACCUACUACCUCCAGACAUACGGCUCUGCCACCCAGGACCUCAUAGGGGAGAAGUGGGAGAAUGAGUUCUGUAAGCUUAUGAAGAAGCUCCAGGAGGAGCACCAGGACCUCCAGCUCUACUCUUUAGCAUCCUUUAGCCUCUGGAGAGACUUUCAUAAGACCAGCAUCCUGGCCAGGAGCAAGGUCCUGGUGAGCCUCGUGCUGAUCCUGACCACAGCCACCCUCUCCAGCUCCAUGAAGGACUGUUUGCGCAGCAAGCCCUUCCUAGGCCUCCUGGGGGUGCUCACAGUGUGCAUCUCCAUUGUCACUGCAGCAGGCAUCUUCUUCAUCACUGAUGGGAAGUACAACUCCACCCUGCUGGGAAUCCCGUUCUUCGCCAUGGGUCAUGGAACUAAAGGAGUAUUUGAGCUUCUGUCUGGAUGGCGGAGAACCAGAGAGAAUUUGCCCUUCAAGGACAGGGUAGCAGAUGCCUAUUCUGAUGUGAUGGUCACCUAUACCAUGACCAGCUCCCUGUACUUCAUUACCUUUGGCAUGGGUGCCAGCCCAUUCACAAACAUAGAGGCUGUGAAGGUCUUCUGUCAGAACAUGUGUGUCUCCAUUCUGUUAAACUACUUCUAUAUUUUCUCCUUCUUCGGCUCCUGUCUGGUUUUCGCUGGCCAGCUAGAGCAAAACCGCUACCACAGCAUCUUUUGCUGUAAGAUCCCUUCUGCAGAAUACCUGGACCGCAAACCUGUGUGGUUCCAGACAGUGAUGAGUGAUGGGCAUCAACAGACAUCCCAUCAUGAGACGAACCCCUACCAGCACCACUUUAUUCAGCACUUCCUCCGUGAACAUUACAAUGAAUGGAUUACCAAUAUCUAUGUGAAGCCAUUUGUUGUCAUCCUCUAUCUCAUUUACGCCUCCUUCUCCUUCAUGGGGUGCUUGCAGAUUACUGACGGAGCCAACAUCAUCAAUCUACUAGCCAGUGAUUCCCCAAGCGUUUCCUAUGCCAUGGUUCAGCAGAAAUAUUUCAGCAACUACAGCCCCGUGAUAGGAUUCUACGUCUACGAGCCCCUUGAGUACUGGAACAGCAGCGUCCAGGAGGACCUACGGAGACUCUGCAGUGGGUUCACUGCAGUGUCCUGGGUGGAGCAGUAUUACCAGUUCCUGAAAGUUAGCAACAUCAGUGCCAACAACAAGAGUGACUUUAUCAGUGUCCUACAAAGUUCGUUUUUAAAAAAGCCAGAAUUCCAGCAUUUUCGAAAUGAUAUCAUCUUCUCCAAGGCAGGGGAUGAAAACAACAUCAUUGCUUCUCGCUUGUAUCUAGUAGCCAGGACUAGCAGAGACAAGCAGAAGGAAGUCAUAGAAGUGUUGGAAAAGUUGAGGCCUCUGUCCCUCUCAAAGAGCAUCCGAUUCAUCGUGUUCAACCCCUCCUUUGUGUUCAUGGACCAUUAUGCCUUGUCUGUCACAGUGCCUGUUCUGAUCGCAGGCUUUGGUGUUCUCCUGGUGUUAAUCCUGACUUUUUUCCUAGUGAUCCACCCUCUGGGAAACUUCUGGCUAAUUCUUAGUGUCACCUCAAUUGAGCUGGGUGUUCUGGGCUUAAUGACAUUAUGGAACAUCGACAUGGAUUGCAUUUCUAUCUUGUGCCUUAUCUACACUUUAAAUUUCGCCAUUGACCACUGUGCACCACUGCUUUACACAUUUGUAUUAGCAACUGAGCACACCCGAACACAAUGUAUAAAAAGCUCCCUGCAAGAGCAUGGGACAGCCAUUUUGCAAAAUAUUACUUCUUUUCUUAUUGGGUUGGUCCCCCUCCUAUUUGUGCCUUCGAACCUGACCUUCACACUGUUUAAAUGCUUGCUGCUCACCGGAGGUUGCACACUUCUGCACUGUUUUGUUAUCUUACCUGUGUUCCUAACCUUUUUCCCCCCUUCCAAAAAGCACCACAAGAAAAAGAAACGUGCCAAACGAAAGGAGAGAGAGGAAAUUGAAUGCAUAGAAAUUCAGGAGAACCCUGAUCAUGUCACCACAGUCUGA